UUUGCGCCCUCUGUGUUAGUUGAGCUGGAAUUUGGACUCGCGGAUCUCGCGGACAACAAUUUGCAUUUUUCCUCUUGAGUUUUCCUUAUUUUCUCAAUUGUUUUUAAUUAAUUCGACGCAGUGUGUAUUUGUGCAAUGUCUGCAUUAACAAAGGGAAUCUUUAUUGUUGGCGCCAAGAGGACGGCCUUCGGUACUCUUGGGGGCGCCUUCAAGAACACCUCAAUCACGGAGCUACAGACGGUGGCUGCUAAGGCUGCCAUUGAGGCUGCAGGAUUGGAACCAUCCCAGAUUGAUUCCGUCAACAUUGGCAACAUUAUGUCGAUGGCCGCAAGUGAUGGAAUUUAUAUGCCCCGUCAUGUACUCCUCAAGUGCGGAAUCCCCCAAGAUCGUCCUGCCCUUGGGGUUAAUCGUCUCUGUGGCUCAGGCUUCCAGGCGGUUGUCAAUGGAGCUCAGGACAUCCUCUUGGGUGCUGCAAAGGUCUCCCUAACUGGUGGCGUUGAGAAUAUGUCAAUGACACCUUUCCUAGCGCGUGGAAUUCGUUUUGGAGUUCCCCUGGGGACAAAUGGGGUCCUCGAAGAUGGCCUCUGGGGCGGACUUACCGAUACCUACUGCAAACUCCCAAUGGCGCUAACGGCUGAAAAUUUGGCGGCUCAAUUUAAAAUUCCACGUGAGACAGUGGAUAAGUUUGCCCUUAGAUCUCAACAGAAUUGGAAGAAGGCCCAAGAUGAGGGGGCUUUUGCAGCUGAAAUUACUCCAAUUAAGAUCAAAGUCAAGGGGAAGGAAGUCGAUUUUACCGUUGAUGAGCAUCCAAGGCCACAAACGACGCUUGAAGGUUUAGCAAAAUUACCGACUCUGUUUAAAAAAGAUGGCGUCGUAACGGCAGGAUCGGCAUCUGGAAUCUGCGAUGGUGCUGCUGCUGUAAUUGUGGCCUCAGAGAAGGCAGUUGAGGAGUACAAUUUGAAACCCCUAGCUCGUCUGGUUGCCUACUCUGCUGUUGGGGUUGCUCCAGAAAUCAUGGGAAUUGGUCCUGUGCCAGCUAUUAAGAAUAUUCUCAAACUUACGGGACUUUCUCUCAAUGACAUCGAUCUCAUUGAUAUUAAUGAAGCCUUUGGCGUGCAGACUUUAGCUUGUGCUGAAGCCUUGAAACUUGAUAUGUCCAAGUUGAACGUCAACGGAGGUGCCAUUGCUCUUGGACAUCCUCUGGCGGCUUCCGGAUCGAGGAUUACGGGGCAUUUGGUGCACGAACUGAACAGGAAGAAGCUAAAGAGAGCCAUUGGAUCGGCUUGCAUUGGCGGUGGCCAAGGAAUUGCUCUUCUCCUUGAAUCUGUCUAAAUGACUGAUAAAUGAAUAUUUUUUCCUAAUUUUUUAACAAUCAGAAUUUUGUAUCUUUAUAUCCAUGUUUGUAAGAACCAUGGCCAUGGUAUUGUGAGGUUAUGGUGCAAGAAUAAAUCAAUUUUUGGGUAGGAAAA